GCCAAAUCCGAAGAAUUACGAAACGUCAAAAACAGAAGCACCGCUGCAAACAGGCGGCGCGGCGCCUCUUCCCCGACCACCAUAGCUCACGCCUCACUACAAUGGGCAAGCAAAAACAACAAAUCAUUUCCCGUUUCUUCGCCCCCAAACCCGACCCCUCCGCUCGAAACCCUCCCUCAACCCCACCCCCCAAAAUCGCUACCACCGUCUCAUUCUCCCCCGCCAAACGCCUCAAAACCGAUCACAUCCACAACAAACUCACCGACAUCCCCAAUCCCGAUCCUAUCCUUCACCAGAAGUUCCUCAGCAAGCUCCUAGAACCCUCCCUCGAUCGUCUAGAACCUUCCCGAAUCACCAAUUUCCCAAAAUCCGGAAACCCUAAGUACACUCCAUUAGAGAAUCAGGUAAUAGACCUCAAAAACAAGUACCCUGACGUGCUUCUGAUGAUUGAGGUUGGGUAUAAAUAUCGAUUUUUUGGGGAGGAUGCUGAAAAUGCUGCUAGAGUUUUAGGUAUUUAUGCAUACAUGGAUCACAACUUCUUAACUGCUAGUGUGCCAACUUUUAGGCUGAAUUUUCAUGUGAGGAGGCUUGUUAGUGCGGGGUAUAAGGUUGGUGUUGUCAAACAAACUGAGACUGCGGCCAUCAAGGCUCACGGCGCAAAUAAGUCUGCUCCUUUCUGCCGGGGGCUGUCGGCCCUGUACACCAAGGCUACUCUCGAGGCUGCUGAGGAUUUAGGGGGUGGAGAGGAGGGGUGCGGGUCCGGGUCGUGUAGUAAUUAUCUGUUUUGUGUAGUGGAGAGGGGUGGGGAAGCGGAUGCGAGGAUUGGGGCUGUGGCGGUUGAAAUUUCGACUGGCGACGUUGUUUAUCGCGAGUUUGAUGAUGAUUUUACGAGAGCUGGAUUGGAGGCUAUGGUUUUUAGUUUGACUCCUGCUGAGUUGCUUCUUAGAAGGCCUCUGUCUAAGCAGACCGAGAAGUUGCUACUGGCAUAUGCUGGACCUGCCUCAAAUGUCCGAGUCAUGCAUGCUUCGCAAGGUAGCUUACGGGAUGGUGGUGGCCUGUCUGAAUUGAUAUCACUAUAUGAGAGUUUAAGCAAAAGUAACAACACCUGUGGUGACCAACAGAACAUUAUAGCUGCAAAUGGCCAAGGCAAUAACUGCUUGAGGUUUGAGGGGUUAAAAGCUAUGCCUGAGUUAGUCAUUCAAGCAUUAGCUUUAACAAUUCAUCACCUGAAACAAUUUGGGUUUGAAAGAAUUCUUUGUUUGGAAGCUUCGUUUCGACCUUUUGCUAGCAUCACAGAGAUGACCCUUUCAGCCAAUGCUCUUCAACAGCUAGAGGUGCUGAAGAAUAAUUAUGAUGGUUCCGAAUGUGGAUCCCUGUUGCAAUGCAUAAACAAUACCCUUACUGUUUUUGGAUCUAGGCUUCUCAGACACUGGGUAACUCAUCCUUUAUGUGAUAGAAACAUGAUCUAUGCACGUUCAGAUGCUGUUUCUGAAAUAUUGAAAUCCAUGGGCUCUUGUUCAGUGUCUGAGGUUGGUUCAAAAGAGGAAAAUCCUGACAUCAUGGUAGUGCAGCCUGAACUCCAUCAUACAAUAUCAUCUGUUUUGACCACUUUAGGACGAGCACCUGAUGUUCAACGUGGGAUUACAAGAAUUUUUCAUCGAACUGCUACCCCAUCUGAGUUCAUUGCAGUUGUUCAAGCUCUCUUGGUUGCUGGAAGACAAUUGCAUCAACUUCAAGGUCAUAUAGAGGACAUAAACAACAGUCUCAGAGACAGGACUGUGCACUCUGGUUUGUUGAGAAAGGUGAUAUUCACAGCCUCAUCCUCCAGUGUUAUAAAUACUGCAGCAAGACUCCUGUCUCAUCUUAGCAAAGAAGCUGCUGAUCGACGGGAUUUUCAUAACCUUUUUAUUGUUUCUGAUGGAAAUUUCUCAGAGGUUGCUUCAGCCAAAAACAAAGUGCAAUUGGCCAAUGAGAUGUUGCAUGAAUUGCUUCUUCAGUAUCGCAAACAACUGCGUAUGCACAAUCUUGAAUUUACAACUGUAUCUGGAGUCACACAUUUGAUAGAGCUGUCUCUUGAUGUUAGGAUACCUUCAAAUUGGGUUAAAGUAAAUAGCACGAAGAAAACAAUUAGGUACCAUCCACCUGAAGUAUUGAAUGCCUUAGACCAAUUAACUCUGGCUAACGAGGAGCUGUCAAUUGUUUGUCGAGCCACUUGGGAAGGGUUUUUGAAAACAUUUGGUGGAUGCUAUUCUGAGUUUCAGGCUGCCGUUCAAGCAUUAGCCACUUUGGACUGUUUAAAUUCACUUGCCAUGCUAUCUAGGAAUAAGAAUUAUGUUCGACCUGUUUUUGUAAGUGAUGAGGAGCCUAAUCAGAUUAUCAUCAAUAGUGGCCGACAUCCAGUUAUGGAGAAUAUCCUGCAGGAUACUUUUGUUCCAAAUGACACAAAUUUGCAUGCAGAUGGGCAAUACUGUCAAGUUAUUACCGGACCAAACAUGGGCGGAAAAAGUUGCUAUAUAAGACAAGUUGCUCUCAUUUCUCUCUUGGCUCAGGUUGGCUGCUUCGUUCCAGCAUCAUCAGCAAAAUUGCAUGUUGUUGAUGGCAUUUUCACUCGGAUGGGAGCUUCGGAUAGUAUUCAGCUAGGGAAAAGCACUUUCUUGGAAGAAUUGAGCGAGACAUCUCACAUUCUUCAAACCUGCACAUCCCGCUCAUUGGUCAUAAUUGAUGAACUCGGAAGAGGCACAAGUACACAUGACGGUGUGGCUAUUGCUUAUGCUACAUUGCAUUACCUACUUGAGCAUAAAAGAUGUAUGGUCCUCUUCGUUACACAUUAUCCAGAAAUACUCAGCAUUAGAAAUGAGUUCCCAGGAUCUGUCGGAGCAUUCCAUGUUUCUUAUUUGACACAAGAGAAGGAUGUUGAUGCGGAGCUCAAGGAGGUGGAUACUGUGAAUCAUGAAGAUGUAACCUACCUUUACAAGCUUGUGCCUGGGGUGUCUGAGAGAAGUUUUGGGUUUAAGGUCGCUCAACUUGCACAGUUACCUUCUUCAUGCAUCAGACGUGCUGUUAUGAUGGCAGCUAAGUUAGAAGUAGAGGUAUGCGAAAGAGAGAGCAGCAAGUCUUUGCACAACAGUUCAAAGUCUCAUGAUAAAUCUGAAGAUUCAGAUCAUGCCUGUGUACCUAUGGAUUGGUUGCACACACAAGCAGAUGAAAACUCAGAAGAAGUUGAGAAAGCUUACAAGGAUAUAUUCUUUCACUUAAAUCUUGCCAUCCAAAAUGAAGAUGGUGCUGUAAAGAGGCUCCAUAAUUUGGAGCAUGCUAAAAGCCUUGCCGACAAGCUGGUAAAUAGGUAAACAGAGGUAGACUGGGGAAAUAUAAAAAAUGAGCGUUAUCACAAUCAAACUCUCUGUAGAUGCAUAUGUAACGCUGCCACUGGAAUGCGAGCAUGCUUCGGCUGUGUUGGUAAUUGUAGUCUAUCCAUUUCAGGACUAACGUAAGAGGCUGCACGUGUAGGCGGUUUUGUAGCAUGGUGUUCUUACUCUGAUUAUCUAGUUGGCCUCUAUCCUAAAUGUAUGCAGAUCAUCUCCGAUUAUUUAGAAUCAAUCAGGUAUCUUUUUGAACUUUUAUGUGGCCUAGAGUAGUACUACUAUAUGUUUUGCUAUUAGUAUUACUGAUGAUUCUAUAAUUUUCGGAUAUUUUAUCCUUUUUCUA